AUGGAGGCGGAUCUCAGGAUCAGAAAACAGCACUUUGUCACCAUCCGGAAGAACCUUGAUUCGGCGUUCUAUUGGUCCUUGUCGAGUCGGCGACACUUUGCGGAAAAUGACUACCAAAGGAACAUUUACUCCCUUGGCCCGGCAUCCAACUACUCCAUCAUCAAGGCUAUUGGACAAGACCAGUUUAAUCUCUACCUUUUCUCUUUUGAAAUACCCUUUACUCCCACCAAUUUGGUGCGAUCGGUCUCUGGCCAAUUGGCCUUGGAAUUCAAGAAAAUAUACAGGAAUGGGACAUUUGAUCUCUACAAGAAGAAGAUGGGGACUCAGGGAACCACCGUCGACAUUCAGAUUCGGGAGGAAAUUUCAGCGGCUGGGAACUUUCACCACCUUAACAAGCUCACCAAAAACAGCCGCAAGAUCGCGCCCUUCACCACUUCCCAGCAACCCAUUGUAGCCUUUUCUGAACGGGAGCUUGCCUUACUCUUUUGGAAGCGGAAGCCGUUAAGGGAGAGACUGGAAGAAUUUGCUCGCCAGGACCAUACCCAGAUAACGUCUACGAACGAUCUCGAGACAUGGAUUACUGGGAAGGAGCCCGGGACUGACGGUUUCCGUGUUCAGCUUCUCGCCUUUAAGCUGCGGGAACUGCAGGAUGUCCGUUAUCAACGUUUGUCAGAGAACCGUCUGCCGCCUAGAUUGACACCCACAGUGGGAGGUACCGACUACUACCUUCAAGAGAUUCAGAACGUGAUCACAAGCAAGGAGGACAUUGAGCGGCUCUGA